AUGAAGACUGAUCCGAGGCCAUUUCACGAACGAGAGUAUGCUAGAGCGUGCCAGGAGAACCUGAAUGUCUUCCUUACCGAGCGGAGUUGUCCCUUCCACAUACCGGAGCAAGAAUUUUGGAACACUGCUGUUCCAGGAGACAUAGAUUCCGUCGUUUUGUUUGUUCUAAAACUGGUAGAAAACGACGUAGGUGCAGAUAGAGUUGAACAUUUUAAAUUUGCGCUGAAGUGUUUAAAAUAUCCUUUUCCAGUCAAUACUACGGCGCUUGGAAAGAAAUACAGUUCAGAACAGCACGUGAUACCUUUCUUAACGUGGCUAAUUUAUUUAUUCGUAUACGAGGAUAACCACGAAAUGAAAAGUGAGACAAGCGAGAACAAAGGGAGGUUACUUUAUUUACAGACAAAGGCGCUAUAUCAGGAUUUUCUGCGAGGUGUGGAAGUGUACGAGCUCAAAACUGCUGAGCGUUUUCUUUGUCGGUCACCACUAUCGAAGGAGCAAGUGCACAUAGCAAACAAUCGUUUGCAAGGUUUGAAAUAUGCCGUUUCAAAGAGAAAGGUAGAGUUGCAACAAUACACUGCCACUAAACGGAGCUUCAUAACAACACUGAGGAACUUAAAACAGCGAAAGAUAGCUGCACUUGAGCGCCUAGAUACGACUCCAUCACGCAUUUCCAUCCAACAGCGACUCUAUAGUGGCCUCCAGAAUAGCUUGCAGGACUAUCGCAAAAAGAUUCAUAUUUCUGUGGACCGACAAACGCAAAAUCGACCUGUGCUUAAACAAGUAGAGUCAGACUCAGACUCUCUUGUGAAUACUGAGUCAUCCAUCUCUAUAUAUAGUGCGCCACUUGCUGACUUAAAAGAAUCACUAGAGAAGCAAUAUGAGGAAUAUGUUGGACUGUUGGCUACUUUAGGACUCCCGUGGUCGAGAAGAGGUGUUUUGAAUGAAGGAAAACUGUUGCAGGUUUUGGAAAAUUUUGGCAUGCAUGAGAAAGAGAAUAGUGAGAAUUUUCGUGAGUUUCGUGCUUUGUUGGAAAGUGAGUUAUCGCGAAUAAGAGCCAGGAAUAUUGCCACGCUCGACAGACUAAGAAAUACGGAAAGCACAGUACAAUUUAACUCGGCAGUGAAAGAGAAACAAAUUUCCGAGUGCGUUUCACUUCAGAAGCAACUUCACAAAGCAGACGUUCAUUAUCAGCAAGAGCGCCAACGCUGUGAUGACGAAAUACAGGGACUUGUUCAAAAUCUUCGUGAAAUAGAGAAACAAGUUCAGUUGAUCACUCAUGAUGCAAAUCCGUCACAUGUAUCAACUGUGAUGGAACGAUUGCAGAGUGGUUACGACGAAGCGUCUCAGUUGUUUUCACACGAGAAAGCAACCAUACAGGGCAGUUUACUUAUUGCGUUAGACUUACUGAUGUUGCAUAAGCAACGAAAUCACGAACUCUUGAACAACUGGAGCUUACAUACUGACUCCGCUGGUACCGUUUAG